AUGAUCCACGACGCAGCCGCUGCCGCCGCCAUCGACCAGAUCCCGGAAUCAACAGACGCUACUGCUGACAGCCACUGCGUCACCGACGCUGACGUCGUUGAGGCGCUACAGGAGGGUAUUCGUGAGGCUGCGAGGGAGGAGGUGCUGAUCAACCACGGAGAGGCGUCGCUAUACUAUGAUGCUCUAACCAUGUCGCCUCUGAACGCAAUGUCUACGGCGGCACUCGCUCGUUUCCGCGCAUACAAGCCCCCGGCGUUUCCUCUAUGGGAUCGUCUCCCCGCCCGCAGGCGUGCGGCUGUCCUGAUUCUUCUCUAUGCUGACCGUCGGGGCGACCUCCGUGUCGUAAUUACCAUGCGUGCAGCCAGCCUGAGGAGCUUCUCGGGCCAUGCUGCGUUCCCCGGCGGCAAGGCGGAUGACACUGAAGAGACUCCAUUUCAGAUCGCACGCAGGGAGGCGUGGGAAGAGAUUGGACUCCCCAUGGAUGAUAACAAACUCCCCAAACCUUUCCGUAUCGAACAUCUCUGCUGUCUUCCUCCCUCUCUCGCCAGGACUCACCUCGUCGUGCGGCCAUGCGUCGCCUUCCUCCACGCAGACCAACGUACACCUGAUGAGCUAGCGCCUACAGUGGACGAGAUCAUGAUACCCAGACUGGACGCCCGUGAAGUCGCUGCAGUCUUUAGCGCACCCUUCUACAACUUUCUCAAGCAGCGCGAUUUACCUCCUGCGCCGGGUGAGGCACUCCCAGAGGGACACUGGUACGACGGCUUUUGGCACUCAUGGAAGGAUUAUCCCUGGAGGGUACACAACUUUUACGUGCCCGUCAACAACCAGACAGUAUCCAAGCCACGACGGAGUAGCACGCAGGAAAACCUAGCCAAGAAGCUAGAAGAGGAAGAAGAGGCCGAGGGCAGGUUCAAGGUCUGGGGGAUGACGGCGCGGAUGCUCGUGGACGCAGCGAGGAUCGCAUACGCCGAGGAGCCCGAGAUGGAGCACAAUGAUAACUACGGCGACGAGGCCAUCAUUGCGCAUGCUGAUGAGCUUGGUGAUUUGAGUGAGAAGAAGGAGGAAAAGAAGGAGGAGAAUGGGGAGGCGGCCAAGAUGUAG